AUGGAUAUAAAGAAAUCGAAAACUUCUAACUUAAAUAAGAAUAAGGUCACCGAACUUUCGGAAACUAACAAUUGUUAUUUAGAUAAAUCCUUAACAACUUCAAAGAGAGAAGUAGGUAAUGGUCCUCCAGCUGAGAAUGAAGUAGAAACUAUGAAAACAGUGCAAGAUAUAAAAGUUGAUGAGACAAUAAAAAGUGUAUAUCUGCGAGUGGAAAUAGAUGUGAUUUUUAUAGGAUUGCUGGUUUUAGCUCUGUGCACAAGGCUUUACAAUCUUGAGGAGCCGAAAUAUAUCGUGUUUGAUGAACUACAUUAUGGGAGAUAUGUUUCACUGUAUACAAAAGGAAUUUUCUUUUUUGACACUCAUCCCCCACUGGGAAAACAGAUGCUUUACCUCGCUGGGCACAUGGCUGGCUAUGAUGGUAACUUUACAUUUGAUAGGAUUGGCUCACCAUAUACUGAGUCAGUACCUAUCAAAGCAUUACGCUUAGUCCCUGCUAUUAGUGGCAGCUUACUUGUACCUUUAUCUUAUCAAUUAAUGAUGGAAAUAUCAACAUAUCAACUAACAGCUAUCCUUGCAGCAAUAUUAGUUUUAUUUGAAAAUUCUCUUCUAGCUCAAUCGAGAUUUAUGUUGUUAGAAAGUAUGCAAAUAUUAUUCAGUUUAUUUGGUAUAAUAUGUAUUAUAAAGAGUACUCGUAAAUCUGAUUUAGCUUCAGUUAUCUGGCUCUUUGUUGGUGCUCUUUCCUUAGGAUGUUGUUUUUCGAUAAAGUACUCUGGACUCUACACUUACUAUUUGGCAAUAUUUCUAAUAGGACGUCAAAUUUGGAAUCGCAUUGACCAAACAGAAUCAGCAUUUAAGCUUUGCUUGUCUGCCUUAUGGAGAUUAUUUAUACUUAUUUCUAUACCAUUCAUGGUGUAUGUCGGUGUAUUUUAUGCUCAUCUCGCAAUGUUGCCUAAAGCUGGACCACAUGAUAGUGUGAUGACAAGUGCUUUCCAAGCAUCACUACAAGGGGGUCUUGCAAGUAUUACUAAAGGACAACCUUUACAUGUAUCACAUGGCUCUCAAAUAACUCUCAGGCACUCCCAUGGUCGGACUUGUUGGCUGCAUUCCCAUGCCCACGUUUAUCCUGUUCGCUAUAGCGACGACCGCGGAUCAUCCCAUCAGCAACAAGUAACUUGCUACAGCUUUAAAGACGUCAACAACUGGUGGAUCGUGAAACGACCAGACCAACACUCUCUUGCAGUAUCUAACCCUCCAGAUACAAUAAGGCACGGCGAUAUUGUGCAGCUUUUGCACGGUAUAACGAGUCGCGCCUUAAAUUCGCAUGAUGUAGCAGCUCCCGUUUCUCCACAAUCACAGGAGGUAUCUUGUUACAUCGACUACAACGUGUCGAUGCCGGCACAGAAUCUCUGGCGUGUGGACAUUGUGAACCGCGAAAGUGACGAUUCAACAUGGGACAGUAUUCGGUCCCUGGUACGUCUCAUACACAUAGACUCAGGCUCCGCUCUGCGAUACAGCGGUCGUCAGCUGCCUUCCUGGGGCUUCCAUCAACAUGAGGUGGUUGCAGACAAGGUCAUCACCCACCAGGAUACAAUAUGGAAUGUUGAAGAACACCGUUAUACUAAAGCUGAAGAUAGAAAGGAGCGUGAGCGUGAGCUAGUAACAGCGGAGAUGAUUCCGACGGCGGUCACUCAGUUGUCGUUCUGGGACAAGUUUAUUGAGUUGCAGUAUAAGAUGAUCGCGCACUCGCCCGACGCGCCGCAGGGACACAUGUUCGCGAGUGAGCCCGCCGAGUGGCCUUUACUCGUACGCUCGAUAGCCUACUGGCUGUCACCUGAUUCAAAUGCUCAAGUUCAUCUUAUUGGAAACUUAGUUACUUGGUAUUCAGGAACAAUAUCAGUCUUAGUAUUUGGCACUUUACUUAGCAUUUAUGCGAUCCGUCAGCGCCGGGCGCACAUUGACUUGCCUCCAAGUACCGCCCGAAAGUUCUAUGACGCUGGCUAUAUAUUAUUUUUAGGAUAUUGGCUACAUUACUUGCCAUAUUUUUUCAUGGAUAGAACAUUAUUCCUUCACCACUACUUACCUGCGUAUAUAUUUAAGAUUCUUCUAUUAGCUUACGUCAUUGACCACAUAUAUUAUGUUUUGUGCAGUAAUGAAAAAGCAAAGCCUUUCACCCAUUUAUUUAUACUCUGCAUCACUAUAUGGUUGGCUUAUGUUAUCAUAACAUAUAAGAAGUUCAGUGUUUUAAACUAUGGCAAUACAGAUCUGACUGAAUCUGAUCUUUUGAAUCUCAGAUGGAAAGAUACCUGGGACUUUAUUCUACAUAAGAAAAAUUAAGCUUUUUAACUAUCUUCUUAAGUAGUUUAUCUCAUUUAUUGAUGUUAAAUACUUAGAGUAUUUUUAUAAAAAAAAUAAAUAAAAGAAAAUAUUUUUUUACAA